GGUCUUGAAUUUCUACUUUUCAACCGGAAGCGAAAUGAACCGAAGGGAGCUUCAGAAUCUCGAACUCUCGAAUUCCUAAACUACCGAUUGAGAGCCAGAGCUUGCAGUGCAGAACAGAAAGCUUCCUUUCUGCCGCUGUUUCUGAAGGUAGCGUCAUGGAGCAUCACCAACAAACGCUGUGGGGGCAUCUGCCCUUGCUCGUGAGGGCCAACUCGAAGGAGUCGGUUGAGCACAUUCUUCAGGCCCUUUGGAGGACCCGCAAGACGGGCCUCGACGGCGCCGACCGCGAAAUCAUCCGAGCAAUGCUCCAGCUCGACAACGACUCCGACCUCGAUCCUCUUUUGGUGUGCCUUCGCAUGCUAAUCCGCAGGUGUGUAUAUGAGAAUAUCAAUAAGGAAGACAUUCAGAAAUUGUUUCCCAGUGAGGUCCUUCCUGAAUUACAGAGAUUAUUGACACUUCUGCUGCAAAAGUUCCAAAGGGAAUGGCAAGAAGAUGUACAGAAGGACCAGGUAACCUUACCUCGCUUAAAGGCUAUGACAUGGAAGGUGGAAAACCAAGAGACAGAGUUGACAGAUCCUGUUGCAGUUAUCAACUUGAAGCUUCAAAAUGAUGGAGAGUCCAACGCUGUAGACAUGGAUGUGAAAUUUCAGUUGUCUAAAGAUACCCUGGAUACCAUGUUGAAGUCAAUGUACUGUAUAAGAGACCAGUUAUCUGAUAAUGUUGAAACAUCAAACAGAAAUGCAUAAAAGGAGACAGAUAUGGUUUGAGAUUAGAUCAUGCCGUACUCGAAAUCCACAAUCAUCCCUGAAACACAUCCUCAAACCCCAACAACUCGAAUCACCGGCCGGUGUUUGUGACGAAGACGAGCUUCAUAAGAGGUGGAAGACUGCAAAAUCAGAGGUAGGCUGCGUGGGUGUGGGCCGCCUCUGCAAAAUCAGAGGUGGCAUUGCGGCUGCCGCCGACUACCACCAUCACGGCUGCAGUCACCCUUGAAGGCCCCGAACCCCUCAAGGGCAGUCGCCACCGGCGGGUAUGACCGCUUCCCCAGCGAUCUCUGACCACUUCCCCGGCCAUCUCUGAUUCUCCAAUUGUGUGUGUAUGUGUGUGUGUGUGUGUUUAUGCGUAUAUAUCUGUGCCUGUGUAUGUAUAUGUGUGUGUGUGUGUUUAUGCGUAUAUAUCUGUGCCUGUGUAUGUAUAUAUGUGUGUGUUUGUGUAUGCGUUUGGAUGCAUCACCAUUAUUCUUCUACUCCAUGGCUGUAUUUCCAUUCAUUUUUUGUCUUCGCCAUAUCGUAUCUGGUGUUUUUGAUUGUAUCUGGUGUUCUUGGCUGCAUCGUCUCUGACGUGAAUAGACAGUUGCAUAUGGCGGCUGGCGGGCAGUUCAUUGAGGGAGAAAGUGGCUGCAAUAGUGAGGGUAAAAUUGGGUUUUUAAACGAGGGUAUUUCAGAUAUAUUGAAAGGUGGGUGUGGUGAGCAAAAUAGGUGGCUGCAAGUAGAAUUUUCCCCUAAUUUUUCCUUACUUUUCAAGCUAAAUGUUCAGUUUUGUGCCCGUCCAUGCAGAUUGAGAUCGAAUUUCUUGAACUCGGUCCCUGUUGUUGACUCAUGGAAGAAAACCGGGCCAACUCAAAUCAGCACCAUAUUUGAUCUGUUCAUCAUCGUAUUAGAGCUGAAAAUGGGUAUUCUUCUGUCUCCUCCUUGCUAUAGCUUGUCACCGGCAACAUAUGUAGUUCAAUAGCAGGGCAUAACAACUGGUAUAAGGCUCCGUUGCUGUGCUUCUGAUUCUAUGAGAAAUUCUUGUUCUUUUCAGAAUUGCUUGAAAAUGUGCCUUAAUUUUAAUUUCGCGAUCAUUAUCAUUACAUUGGUGAAACUAAAUGUUAAGAGUAGUCAUUUUGACACAUACUUCUUAUUCCCUGUCACUUCCUUCCUUUGUUCCGUCUAUUGCGCCUGGCCUUGUGGGUUCUCAGUUCUUAUUUGAUAUCACUGUGGUACAUUAAGUUUUUACUUUUAUU